AAAUUGGUAAAUUUUCGAACACAACAUUGCACUAAAGUUCUUUUAGAGAAUAUAAAUUUAAAUAAUACAAAUAGCCGCGAAAAUAUGCUGGCAUUCAUAAUGUUUACAUUAAAUUUUGUAAAUAUACAGUGACUAAUGUAAAUAAUAAUCAAACAGAUAAAUGUGGCAUAGAAUCAGGAAAUAGUCGAGACAGCUUGGCAGCGAUAUACAACUGCUUAUUUUUCCGACAAUUAGUUUAAGAUUAAUAUGGCUGGUAAUUUUUGGCAAAGUUCACAUCAUCAACAAUGGCUUUUGGAUAAACAGGACUUGGUACGAGAAAGACAGCAUGAUCUUUCAAUUUUCACAGAGGAAGAAUAUCAAAAAUUAUUCAUCUUCUUUUCCAAUCUAAUACAGGUAUUAGGUGAACAAUUAAAACUGAGACAACAGGUCAUAGCCACAGCAACUGUUUAUUUUAAAAGAUUUUAUGCUCGUAACAGCUUAAAGUGUAUAGACCCUUUGUUAUUAGCACCUACAUCAGUUUUUUUAGCUUCAAAAGUAGAAGAAUUCGGAGUUAUUUCUCAUAAUAGAUUAAUUGCAGCUUGUCAAACUGUAGUGAAAAACAAAUUCAAUUAUGCCUAUUCUCAAGAAUUUCCCUAUCGUGGAAGUCAUAUCUCAGAAUGUGAAUUUUAUCUUCUGGAACACCUAGAUUGCUGUUUAAUAGUGUAUCAACCUUAUCGACCUUUAUUAAUUCUUAUUCAAGAUGUAGGACCAGAUGAACAAUUACUCACAUUGGCUUGGCGUAUAAUUAAUGAUAGCUUACGUACAGAUGUAUGUUUAUUAUAUCCACCACAUCAAAUAGCUAUUGGAUGUUUACAAAUAGCCUGUGUUAUAUUGCAAAAAGAUUUAAAAGCAUGGUUUGCCGAAUUAAACGCAGAUAUGGAAAAAAUUCAAGAAAUCGCCCGUUACAUCAUUAAUUUAUACGAACUGUGGAAAACGUACGAUGAGAAAAAAGAAAUUCAAAGUUUAUUGUCUAAAAUGCCAAAACCUACACCAUCACCACCACAGCACUGACAGCAAAUUACCUUACCGUCUAAUAUUUGGGACUAAUAUUCCAUAAUAAAAGUAAAUGCUUUGCUUUUAUUAAGUGUAUUUAAAUUACAAAUGAAUUGAUUUAUUUUGUACAUGUAUUACUUUCUAUAUCUUCAUUAUAUUUUUGUAGUAAUCAUCUUUUUUAAAAUAAAGUUGUAAUAAAUAAAAAUUAAUA